UUUGACAAGAACUCCUUGGAUCUCAGCCAGGUGAGCAAAACUUCCCCAGGGCAACAGAAUGGAACAGCCUCAUCACGGAAGGCCCUCCAGGAUCAGGACCUCCCCAUCCGGCAGGAGGACUCAGAGAGGAAGCGGAAACACCUUCCAGACCGACAGGAUGAGCCUGCAGCCAAGAGUGAGAAGGCAGCCCCCAGGAGUCAGCACUGGUUGCACAGGGACCUGCGUGUGAGAUUUGUGGACAAGCUGCACAAGGGUGGCCAGUAUUAUAACACCAAGAUGACAGUUGAAGAUGUCCUUAGCCCAGAUACCUGUGUGUGUCGGACAGAUGAAGGCUGGGUCCUGGAAGGAGUCAGGGAAGACAUGCUGGAGACCCUCGUCCCCAAGGUGGAGGGCAACCGGGUGAUGGUGGUGCUGGGGCCACAUGCUGGAAGGGUGGGCUGUAUGCUGGGCCGGGACAGAGAGCGGAGCCAGGUUGUGGUGCAGCUGCGGAGAGAGAAUCGACUGAUGGAGCUUCACUAUGAUGCUGUCUGCGAGUACAUGGGCCCCAGUGACUCAGAUGAAGACUGACCCAUGGACCCACUCCAUCCCCCAGGCGGUUACCAGUUCUGUACAGUGUGAAAGGCCUGCCUUUGUGAAGGUGGGGAGAUCAUUGUCCCAUCCUGCACUUGCAGUGCAACCCUGGGACAGGGACAGGGCACAAGAUGGGUUGGCCAGAAGGGAGGCUAGAAACAAACCUAGUAUUUACUAGCAGUUAGUAUGUAAUAAAAACCAUUUCAACUACUUAGUAAAACGAAGA